UUUUUCUGCCUUAUAGUUAGUUUUCACAUGCUCAUUAUGACUUUUGUAAGGAAACAAAAAACAAAAGAGAAUUUCUUUCUUUUCACACCACACCGAACAAUUGUUGAAAUUACCUUUAAAUUACUAAACUAAAUCCUUUUUUUUAGGGUAUAUAUCCUUACUACUUGUAGACAUAAUUCAUAUAUAAAAAGACCACAUUUUCUUGGAGAGAAUUUGAUACAUGUUUGAUAUAUAGAGAUGGGAAACAGUAUAGGUAGAGGAAAGAAAGCAAAGGUGAUGAAAAUCGACGGCCACACAUUCAAGCUAAAGACUCCGGCGACGGCGAGGGACGUAGUCAAGGAUUAUCCAGGGCAUGUACUGUUAGAAUCAGAAGCCGUCAAGCAUUAUGGUAUCCGUGCAAAACCAUUAGAACCUGAACAAGAACUAAAGGCAAAGAAAAUAUAUUUUCUAGUUGAGUUGCCAAAGUUUCCUCAAGAGAAAGAGCAGGAACAGCAGCCCAGGACCAGAAGGGUAAGGUCAGGUAUACAAAUGAGUGCUAAAGAUAGGCUGGAAUGCUUGAUGCUAAGUAGGAGAUCAGUUUCUGAUCUGUCUCUUGUUAGACCUGUGUCGUCUAGUCAAUUGCCUGAUGGGACGAAUUCCGGGCCGAUUCGGGUUAGGAUGAGGUUGCCUAAGUCACAAGUUGAAAAAUUAAUGGAAGAGAGCAAAGAUGAUGUAGAGGUGGCUGGAAAGAUUGUUGAUCUUUUCAUGGAAAAUUCUGGUGACAGCAUUGGUGAUGGGAACCGGCGGCAUGUUCAGUGGAAACCGGAGCUUGGUAGCAUUGGAGAGAAUCUUAAGCCACGGCAGAAGCGAGUGAGCUUCGUAGCAGACGAAGGAGAAAUUCAGGUAGCUGUAGACUCCCAUUAGAAUGGACCGACAAGAUUAAAGCUUCACAUAAAGAAACAAGAAUCUUUAUAAUUUCUUAUUUUCUUUUCUCAAGUCUUUUGGUCUCCACUCUGUUUAUUAUUAUUUUCAUAUAUAAAUGAUUUGUUAGCAGAUUAUAUAUAGCUAUAUUCGCUUUGUCUCCA